AUGAACACUUCCGUUGUAUCCCCAGAAGCCAUCGAGGCGGCGGAGCAGCUUGUUCGCGAUUUGAAGAGCCACACGGGCUCAGUUACGAAUCAGGCAAAUGCCGUGCGCCAACUCGAAAGACUCCGCUGUCUUGUUCACAAGGGCCCCGACGCUCUCAUGUUUCAUGCUUAUCCCUUUCAAAUCCUACCCGCCAUGAAUGUACUGUGCGAUUUUGGGGUGUUUGACGCUGUGCCGCAGACAGGCUCCAGAUCUUUAGACGAUCUCUCAGCAGCAGUCAACUUGGAUGCCGAGAUUCUAGGUCGGUUCCUCCGGCUCGUCCUCACGCAGGGGAUAUUCAAGGAACAUGCGCCAGGCGUCUACGCGCACACGGAAGCAUCGAGCAUGUUUCGAACGGACCACGCCGCCAGUUUCUUUCGGCUGGGCACGAUGCAGUUCCCGCAGUGGUGGAAGGUCACCGAGUAUCUCAAGACGCACUCGGCGGAGGACGCCAAGGACGCGACGAAGGUGCCCUUCAGCUGGGCCAUGGGAAAGGAGGGCAUGACGUACUACGAGGCCCUGGAGGAGGACCCAGCCGUGUCCGACGCCUGGCACAAGGGCAUAGUCAUGAUUGAGGCGACGCAGCCCGUCUCCGGCAUGUUUGCCUUUGCGUCGCUGCGGGAGGCGGUCGAGGCGGAGCCGCACCGGCCCUUUGUCGUCGACGUCGGCGGGGGGCGAGGGAAUGCGCUCGUUGCGAUUAUGAACGAGUGCGGUGGCAGCUACGGCGCAAAGAUGGUCCUCCAGGACAUGGACGAGGUUCUCAACGGCAAGGAUCCGGUUGCAGUUGAUGGCGUCGAGAACAUGCCGCACAACUUUUACGAUCCGCAGCCCGUGAAGAACGCACAUGUUUACUUUUUGCGCAAUGUCUUGCACAACCACUACGACGAGAGGAGCCUCAUCAUCCUGCGCCAGCUGGCCGAGGCCAUGGGCCCUACCUCGCGCCUCCUGCUCGGGGAGAUGAUCCUGCCUGGCACCGCCGCCGCUGGCUCGGAUCCGAUGCCCUUUUUCAUGGACCUCAACAUGUUUAUGGAGGGCGGGCUCGAGCGGACAGAACAGCAGUUCGCGACGCUGCUGGCAGGGGCCGGUCUCGAGCUCGAGCGAGUCUGGCGGCACCCAGACAACCCGACCCAGAGCACCAUCGAGGCGAGGCUGAGGUAUUACUUUAAUCCAACCAUCGCUGCUUUUCGUUACUGUCGCCAUCGAUUCAAUAAAAUCCAAGCGCAUUCCGAGAACAUGGUCGUACCGCAGCACACCGAGAGCACGGCGGCGGCCGAGGCCAGCCUACGGCCGCACUUCGAGACGACCAAAUCAUCGCCCUCGUCGCAAAGCCUCGCGGAGAAGACGUCACCCCAGGACAUCACCGACAUUCAGUCCUCCGUGGACACGGGCGCUGACGGUGUCGAUGGGUACCCCCACGGCAUUCGACUCAUCCUUUUGGCCGGCGCGUCCAUCAUGGGCGUGUUCCUCAUCUCGCUGGACCAGACAAUUGUCGGUACCGCGAUCCCGAAAAUCACCGCCGAGUUUGAUGGUCUCAAAGACAUAUCCUGGUACUCCGCGGCCUAUUUCAUGACCUUUGGCGGCCUCGAGGCGUCGUGGGGCAAGGCCUUCAAAUACUUUGACAUAAAAUGGACUUUCGUUGCAUCGCUCGCAAUCUUCGAGAUUGGCAGCCUCAUCUGCGGCGUCGCGCCGUCGUCUGUCGCCCUGAUCAUCGGGCGUGCCAUUGCUGGAGUCGGCGCUGCUGGCAUCUCCGUCGGCGGAACAAGCAUCGUCGCCUUUAGCGUCCCGCCCAAGACGCGACCGAUUCUCAUGGGGAUCAUCGGGCUGACGUACGGUCUGAGCUCCGUGCUUGGGCCGUUGAUUGGCGGCGCCUUCACGGAAAAUGUCACCUGGCGAUGGUGCUUCUACAUCAACCUUCCCGUCGGGGCGCUCGGCGCGGCCGUCGUCGUCAUCUUCUUUCACCUCCCGGCCGCGGUCAAGCCGCCGCCCAUCAGUCUUGGCCAGAAGCUGCUUCACCUGGAUCCCGUCGGGGUGUGUCUCACCAUGGCGGCCAUUAUAUGCUUCGUGUUGGGCUUGCAGUAUGGCGGAGUCGAAUAUCCUUGGCACAGCAGCCAGGUGAUUGGUCUUUUGGUCGGCUUUGGAGUGCUCACGAUUGCCCUGAUUCUCUGGUCCAUGUGGCUGGGCGAGUAUGCCAUGAUGAUUCCGCGGCUCUUCAAGAAGCGCGGGCUCUGGAGCAUCUGCCCCUACCAGUUCUUCUUCCUCGGCGAUCUGCUCCUCCUCCUGUACUACCUUCCCAUCUACUUUCAGUCUGUCAAGGGUGCCAGCCCCAUUCAAUCUGGCGUCGAUAAUCUGCCCAUUGUCAUCGCAGUUGCCAUCUUCGCUGUCCUGGGUGGCGUCUUUGUGACCUCAACAGGCCUCCCGACACCGGCCAUGUUUGUUGGCGCGUUGCUCGGGACCGUUGGCUGCGGCCUCCUUUACACGCUCGAAAUUGACACGCCGAGUGCAAAAUGGAUAGGCUACCAGAUUCUCACCGGAUCUGCUAUAGCAUUUUCGGUUCAGAACGGCCUAAACAUUGCGCAGGCCAGCGUCGACCCAGAGGAUCUGCCAGCCAUGACGGCUUGCCUUUACUUCUUUCAGACAGUCGGAGGUGCAUUCACCGUUUCUUCCGGCCAGGCGGCCUUUGUGAACCAGAUACUGGCAAAGCUCGCUUCAUCUGCGCCCGGCGUUCCCGGACAGAAAGUCGUUAACGCGGGCGCUUCAGACUUGCGCAACAUCUUUUCUCCGGAGGACCUGCCUGGUGUGCUGGUAGCUUACAUGCACGGUCUGAAGGCGACGUUUGCCCUUUCCAUUGCCUUUUGCGGCAUUGCCCUGAUCGCUACCUUCUUUGUUCCUUGGAAGCGGCUUGCAACGCAUGCACCUGACGAUAAGGAGGGUAAACAGAACUAG